ACGUUUUUGCCACUCGUACACUACAGAGAUUCUCUCUAUAAUCAAUUCCAACCAGUCCAAAACCUCAAUCCAAUUCCACCAAUUAGAACAGAGCUUCGAACACAGUUAUCCAUUUACGUUAGCCUCUCACUCACACUUUCAAACCCACAUUCCUCCCCAACACCAUGACGCCGAGCUUCAGCACCAAAACCACUUCUUUCCUCGCUCUAACAGCCUUAACUCUCCUCCUCUUCACAUCCCUCUCUUCACCUGGAGCGGCGGCGGAUUCGGCUGUCGGCGGCGUAGUUCCACGCCGCUCUGUUUUGGGAAACGAAACAGUUUUAGUGCUUGCUGAGGAGAGAACGCGUAGGAAGGAUCCGCUUGAUGACCUCAACUACUACACUGGAGGCUGGAAUAUCAGCAAUGAACAUUACUUUGGUUCUGUGCUUUACACUGGCUAUACCCUUUUCGUUAUUGCUUCAGCCUGGUUUGUGCUAUUUGGGAUCUUCUUGCUGCUGUCGUGUAUGUACUUCUGCUGCUGCAGACGCCGCAGAUAUGGCUAUUCGCGUGUUGCCUAUGCUCUCUCACUCAUUCUCUUGACAUUGUUCACAAUUGCGGCUGUAGUUGGUUCUAUUGUUCUGUACACCGGCCAAGGGAAGUUCCACGACAGUACAAAAGAUACGUUAGUGUUUGUGCUUGGACAAGCAGAUUCCACUGUUGACAACCUGAAAAGCUUUUCAAGUUCUCUCACUUCUGCCAAGACGAUUGGAGUAGAUCAAGUUUUUCUUCCUAAAGACGUGCAGAACAACAUUGACAAGGUCAACACGUUGGUCACCUCUGCUGCCGACACUCUUGAGAGUGCAACAAAGAAUAAUAAGGAUGACAUAUUUAACUAUUUGGAUGCUGUAGGGUGGAUUCUCAUUAUAGUAGCUGCUGUAAUGCUUAUCCUUGCAUUUCUUGGUUUUGUGUUAUCCGUUUUCGGCCUACAGUUUCUCGUCUACAUAUUGGUCAUCGUUGGUUGGAUCCUCGUUGCACUCGCUUUCAUCUUCUGUGGCGUAUUCCUUGUCCUUCACAAUGUGAUGGGAGAUACCUGUGUGGCCAUGAGUGAUUGGGUUGGUAACCCAACGGCUCACACCGCGUUAGACAAAGUCAUCCCCUGUGUGGACACAGCUACCGCUGAAGAAGCACGCUCCCAAAGCAAAGAAGUGACCUUUCAAAUGGUUCAGCUCGUGAAUGGGGUCAUCGCUAAUGUAUCCAACCGCAAUCUACCUCCUAUCUUUGGACCUUUGUCGUACAAUCAAUCCGGCCCUUUGGUGCCUCUUCUCUGCAAUCCGUAUAAUCCCGACAAGACAGACCAUAAAACAUGCAUUCCUGGUGAAGUUGGCUUCACAAAUGCAACACAGGUUUGGAAGAAUUACGAAUGCCAAGUUGCGAACAACAAAUGCACAACAGUAGGGCGCCUAACGCCUAGUAUGUAUGAUCAAAUGAGUGGAGCUGUGAAUGUGAGCUACGGGCUGUACCACUACGGGCCGUUCCUGACCAACCUAGUGGACUGCACGUUCGUACGAGACACUUUCGAGGCAAUACACAAGGAUCACUGCCCGGACUUGAGGCUCUACAGCAGGUGGGUGUACAUUGGUUUGUUGAUGGUCUCUGUAGCAGUGAUGCUCUCUCUCAUAUUUUGGGUGGUCUAUGCACGAGAGAGGCGACACCGCAAGUAUACGAAGCAAGCUGAUGCUGCGGCUUCAGCGGCUCAGGCCUCUUAUGAAUCCAAAGAGCCCUGAGAUGGUGAGGAUUUGCAUCACCAACUUCACUUGUUUAGAUAGCAGAUCUCAAUGUACAUUGUUUUGGGGGCAUUUUUUUUAAGAUUUGAGUAUCUUAGCACUAUUUCACCAGAUUAACUGAUUAAGUAAGAAUUCUUACUGAAAUUUUCUUA